CCUCUUGCCUGCUCAGAUCCAUCUGGUCUGGUCUCUCUGGUGUGCAGGAGUGAGGAGAGGAGUCUUGUCUGUUUGCAGACUUUAGUUGGUUCGGGUUUUACCACCUGUGUGGAAAUAGGAUUUCACAACAUGGCGUUAAGUCUAACCAUCAACUCAAGCAAUCCUCCUUUAGGAGCGCUCCUGGCAGCAGAGCAUGUGAAGGGGAGUGUGCAGCUGUCAGUAGAGGAAGGCAAAGACACCAAGCUUCAUGUUUCAGAUGCAAUCCAGUUCAAUGAUGCCAACUCCAUCAGUCGUUACUUGGCCCGAGUGGCUCCUGCUCUUGGUCUCUAUGGAGUGAACAUGAUGGAGCAGACGGAGGUUGACCAUUGGUUGGAGUUCAGUGCUCGUCGUCUUUGUGGUCAGUCUGGUUUGGCGGCAGCACUGGGUGACCUGGACAAGGCCCUUUCUUUGCGGACUUUCCUGGUUGGACAUUCCCUCACUUUGGCUGACCUCUCUGUCUGGGCUGCCCUGAAAGGUCAUGGAGAAUGGACAAGUCAGAACAAAUCCUUCUCCCAUGUCAGUCGCUGGUUCCUCUUCUUGAGCUCACAGGUUCCCUUCACUGCUGUGGGCAACAAGUAUGCCAGUAAAAAAGCUCCAGUAAACAAAUCCAAUUCUGAGGACAAGGAGAAGAAGCAGGAUGUGGGGAAGUUUGUGGACUUGCCAGGAGCUGAGAUGGGCAAGGUGGUGGUUCGGUUCCCUCCUGAGGCCAGUGGAUACCUGCACAUUGGCCAUGCCAAGGCUGCUCUGCUCAACCAGCACUACCAGGUCACAUUUAAAGGCAAGCUCAUCAUGCGCUUUGAUGACACCAACCCUGAGAAGGAAAAGGAGGACUUUGAGAAGGUGAUUUUGGAAGAUGUUGCCAUGCUUCAAAUCCAUCCAGACCAGUUCACCUACACCAGUGACCAUUUUCCCAAAAUAAUGCACUUUGCUGAGCAGCUCCUUGCAGAGGGCAAGGCUUAUAUUGACAACACACCUCCUGAGCAGAUGAAACAGGAGAGAGAGCAGCGCACUGAGUCCAAAUGCCGCAACAAUACUGUUGAACAGAACAUGAAGAUGUGGUCAGAGAUGAAAGCGGGCACAGAGUACGGUCAGACCUGCUGCAUGAGGGCAAAGAUAGACAUGAACUCCAACAAUGGCUGCAUGAGAGAUCCCACCCUCUACCGCUGCAAGAAUGCUCCCCACCCCCGCACUGGAAGCACCUACAAGGUAUACCCAACAUAUGACUUUGCCUGCCCCAUUGUAGACAGUGUGGAGGGUGUAACCCAUGCUCUUAGGACCACCGAGUACCAUGAUCGUGAUGAGCAGUUCUACUGGAUAAUAGACGCUCUGCGCCUCAGGAAGCCUUACAUCUGGGAGUACGCCCGACUCAACCUUAACAACACAGUACUGUCCAAGAGGAAGCUCACCUGGUUUGUUGACCAGGGAUAUGUAGACGGAUGGGAUGACCCCCGCUUCCCCACUGUCAGAGGAGUCCUGAGAAGAGGAAUGACUGUGGAUGGUCUGAAACAGUUCAUUGCAGCUCAGGGUGGCUCACGGUCAGUGGUGAACAUGGAGUGGGACAAGAUCUGGGCCUUUAAUAAAAAGCUGCCAAUUAGCUGUCUGAAGGUUAUUGAUCCAGUCGCCCCCAGGUACACAGCCCUGUCCAGCUCCUACGUGGUUCCUGUUUCCAUCCCAGAAGCUGCAGAGGAGAUGAAGGAAGUGGCAAAACACCCCAAGAACAUGGAGGUUGGCAUGAAGGAAGUUUGGUAUGGGCCUCAAGUCAUGAUUGAAGGAGCUGAUGCUGAGACUCUUUCUGAGGGAGAAGUGGUUACAUUCAUCAACUGGGGCAACAUCAUCAUCACCAAGAUUAACAAAGGGGCUGAUGGGAAGGUUGUAUCCAUGGAGGGUCGUCUGAACCUGGACAAUAAGGACUACAAGAAAACGACAAAGAUCACAUGGCUGGCUGAAACAAACACUGCCCCCCUGCUGCCCACUAUCUGUAUCAACUUCCAGCCACUUAUCUCCAAAGCCGUCAUCACCAAAGACGACGACUUCAAGGAAUACAUUAAUAAAAACAGCAAGUUGGAGGAAAAGAUGCUUGGAGAUCCCUGCCUGAAGAAUGUGAAGAAGGGUGACAUCAUUCAGCUGCAAAGGCGUGGCUUUUACAUCUGUGACCAGCCAUAUGAGCCAGUCAGUCCCAACAGCUGUAAGGAGAGCCCCUGUGUCCUGAUUUACAUUCCUGAUGGUCACACCAAGGAGAUGCCAACUGCUGGAUCUAAGGACAAGGAUAAGGGCAAACCCCAGGCCCCCAACGGCAAACCUGCAUCUGCAACAAAAGCCACCCCAAAAUCUGCUCCAGCACCGGCUGCAGUUUCAGCAUCAGGUUCUGCCAGUGAUCUGUUCUCCGCCAUUGUAGCUCAAGGUGAUGCUGUUCGCCAGCUAAAGACGGCUAAGGCUCCUAAAGAGGAAGUGGACAAGGCAGUUCAGCAGCUACUGGCACUCAAGGCUCAGUUUAAGCAGGAGACAGGUAUGGAGUACAAACCAGGCAUGGCUCCUCCCACAUCUAGCCCAGCCCCACCCGCCUCAUCUGCAGACACCACCUCAUGUCCAUUCACUCGUGUUGCCCAGCAGGGAGAGCUGGUCAGGAAGCUGAAGGCAGAACAAGCCCCCAAGGACCAGAUUGAUGUAGCCGUCAAGCAGCUCCUCGCGCUGAAGGCGGAGUUUAAAAAGCUGACCGGUCAGGAGUACAAACCAGGCAUGGCCCCACCUGCCCAAACCUCCUCUGCUACUCCAUCUGCGACCCCCUCUUCAUCCUCCUCCUCCUCCUCAGACAUGUAUGAUCGCGUUGCACAGCAGGGGGAGAUAGUGAGGAAACUGAAGUCUGAAAAAGCCCCCAAGGACCAGAUUGAUGCUGCAGUGAAACAGCUUCUCGCCUUCAAGGCUGAGUACAAACAGCUCACGGGUCAGGAAUACAAGCCUGGCGCAGCUCCGGCUCCAAAAACCCCAGCCUCCACCCCAGCCCCAGUCCAGAACAGCCCCAGCCCUGCUCCUGCUGCCACUGACCUCUAUGGGAAAGUCUCACAGCAGGGAGAAGUGGUCAGAAAACUCAAGGCUGAAAAGGCGCCCAAGGAUCAGGUGGAUGCUGCAGUGAAACAGUUGUUGGCUCUGAAGGCAGAGUACAAACAGCAAACUGGACAGGAGUAUAAACCUGGACAAGCCCCAGCUAGUCCUGCACAGACCCAGCCCUCAACACAGUCUAGCUUGUCCCCAGAAGCCCAGGGGCUGUUCUCACAGGUCGCCCAACAAGGAGAGCUGGUGAGAAAGUUAAAGUCUGAAAAGGCCCCCAAGGAUGAAGUGGAUGCAGCUGUAAAGACUCUCCUGGACCUGAAGAAUAAGUACAAGACACUCACGGGAGAGGAGUACAAACCAGUGGCUGCUGCUGGAGCCACUGGAGGGGAAAACAAGAACCGCAAGGAGAGGGAGAACAAGUCUGAGAAACAGGGAGGAGGAGGAGGAGGGAAGAAGGGUAAAGGAGACAAGCCUGGCCAGGGCAAGGAGGCCACAGGAGGAGCAGGAGGAGCUGGAGAUGGUCAGGGACCCAAGAAACAAACACGGUUGGGCCUGGAGGCGAGGAAAGAGGAGAAUCUGGCUGACUGGUAUUCUCAAGUCAUCACUAAAGCAGAGAUGAUCGAGUACUAUGACGUUAGCGGCUGCUAUGUGCUGCGGCCAUGGUCUUUUGCCAUCUGGGAAGCAAUUAAAGAUUUCUUCGACCGGGAGAUCAAGAAACUAGGAGUGGAGAACUGCUACUUCCCCAUGUUUGUCUCUCAGGCUGCACUGGAGAAGGAAAAGACGCACAUCGCAGAUUUUGCUCCAGAGGUUGCCUGGGUCACCCGGUCAGGAAAGACUGAGCUGGCAGAACCCAUCGCAGUCAGACCCACCAGUGAGACAGUGAUGUACCCAGCCUAUGCUAAAUGGGUCCAGUCCCACAGAGAUCUGCCAAUCAAACUCAACCAGUGGUGUAACGUUGUGAGAUGGGAGUUCAAGCACCCCCAGCCCUUCCUGAGGACAAGAGAGUUCCUGUGGCAGGAGGGUCACACCGCCUUCGCCACUAAAGAGGAAGCAGCUGAAGAGGUAUUGCAGAUUCUGGAUCUUUAUGCCAGGGUGUAUGAGGAGCUGAUGGCGAUCCCUGUGGUGAAGGGAAGGAAAACUGAGAAGGAGAAGUUUGCAGGAGGAGAUUACACAACCACUGUGGAGGCAUUUAUCUCUGCCAGCGGCCGAGCCAUCCAGGGUGCCACAUCCCACCACCUUGGCCAGAACUUCUCCAGGAUGUUUGAGAUCGUAUUUGAGGAUCCAAAGAAUCCAGGCGAGAAGCAGCUGGCCUUCCAGAACUCUUGGGGAAUCACAACCAGAACCAUUGGUGUCCUCACAAUGGUCCACGGAGACAACAUGGGGCUUGUCCUGCCACCCAGGGUUGCCUGCCUACAGGUUGUCAUCAUCCCAUGUGGGUUGACGGCUGCUCUGCCUGAGCAGGACAAGGAGGCAUUGUUGGCUCAGUGCACUAAGUACUUGAAGAGACUGCAGGAAGCUGGAGUCCGAGUGAAGAGUGACCUCAGGGACAACUACUCCCCAGGGUGGAAGUUCAACCACUGGGAGCUAAAGGGAGUUCCGAUCCGUCUAGAGGUUGGUCCUAAGGACAUGCAGCAGCGUCAGUGUGUUGCAGUGAGGAGGGACUCUGGUGAGAAGGUGACGAUUCCAGACGCUGAGGUGGAGAAGAGGCUGACCGCCAUGUUGGAGGACAUCCAGAACAGCCUGUUCACAAAAGCUUCAAAUGACCUGAAGACUCACAUGGUGGCUGUGGACACAAUGGAACAGUUCCAGAAAGAGUUGGAUCAAGGCAAGAUUGUCCAAAUCCCGUUUUGUGGAGGAAUCGAGUGUGAGGACUGGAUCAAGAAAACCACUGCCAAGGACCAGGACCUGGAGCCUGGAGCUCCAUCCAUGGGAGCUAAGAGCCUCUGCAUCCCCUUCUCACCCCUGAAGACCCUGCAGCCUGGUCAGAAGUGUGUCUGCGGUAAAGAGCCUGCCCAGUACUACACCCUGUUUGGGCGAAGUUAUUAAGGACCUGCUCUGCUGGAGCAUGACCAUGAAAAGGGCUUCGCUACUGUGUCUCAUGUACUUCUGUUUUAUCUCAUCUCUUGUGAGUGUUGGGGUAGCUAGGAUAUGGCCGUGAUAGAACAGUGUCAUUUAACAGACAACAUGCUACUUGAGUUUUUUAUUGGGUUUUUUAACCUGUGAUAUGUUAUUAUUAAAACACCCAAAUAAAAGAAGUACAGAGAGGAUGGACACAAUGGAAAAAGGUUUCUUUGGAUGAUUUCUGUUCUGUUAAAAACUUUUUUUUUCUCCUUUUUUUUCAAAUAACCCCCAGUGUAAUGAUUAUGUAACACCAUGUUUUGGUUAGAGUUUAUGGAUUGAGUAGAUUCAGGAAUUUUUCAAUAUUGGAAAUAAAACCUACUAAAUUGUAUUUAACAAUGUUUCCUGGUAAACGUACUGUCUGGGGAAAAAUACUUGGAGUCUGUAUUUAGUCCCAUCUCUCACAGCCAUACUGUCUCAGGAACUCUGCAAGCACUCAGGCUGGUAGUUGGUGUGUUCUUCUCACAGCUUAAUCAGCCAUUACUCUGUCGGUAAAUCUGGUUUUGUGGCUCAUGGUUCACAGUUCAAAUUCCUCAGACUCACCAGAGCCUAUUGACGUAAUGCUGUGAUGAACUGUAUAAGCUUAAUAACCAGUUAUGUAGCCUUCUGUCAUCUCUUUCCCAUGAAAAAAACUCUAAACUUGUCAAUAAAAUACUUUACAUUGAAAACUGUU